GGCACGCCCCCCGGAAGCGGUGGCGACAUGACGACAUUGCCGCUGGCGACUCCUCCCCUUUCUCUUUUCGGCGGCCUCCGUUCGGAUCGCAGGAUCUCUGCGUAACAGCUGAUUUAAAACCCAGCCUCUGAAGAAAUCACACAUUUUAGAAAGCCAACAUGCAGAACGACGCUGGUGAAUUUGUUGAUCUUUACGUUCCACGUAAAUGCUCUGCAAGCAGCAGAAUUAUUGCUGCAAAGGACCAUGCUUCAAUUCAAAUCAACAUAGCUGAGGUUGAUAAAGUAACAGGAAGAUUUAAUGGCCAGCAUAAAACCUAUGCUAUCUGUGGAGUUAUCCGUAGAAUGGGUGAGUCAGAUGACUGUAUCUUGCGGCUGGCUAAGAAUGAUGGCAUCGUGGCCAAAGUUGUCUAACAAGCUGAAGACUAGUUAUGAAAAGUUUCAUGUUUGUAUAGAAAUAAAAAUUUGAGCAAAAUA